AAUAUAGAUAUUUUUAGAUGCUUUUGUUAUGUAGGCUUUUCAAUUCAAAUCUAAAGAAAAAGUAUUAAGAAUUCAACCGUAUGAAGAUCAAAGAAAAAAGUUUGUUUAAUUUUAGUAGAAAUAGCUGUAGCAGUAAGCAGCUGCUCUACCUAUUUCAAAACCAUAAUUACCAUAAAAUUUGGAAGAAUCAAUACCAUUAUAGUUGAGCUUUAAUCCUUAGUUAAAAGUUAUACGAUUCUCAUAAAAUUUAAAUCAGAUGCCAUUACAAUUAAGCAAGAAAAUUUCAGUAUUUUAAUCAUCUUAAGACAUAAAUAAAGUAAAUAGAGAGAGUAUUGUUGUUAAAGAUUUAUUUAAUUUUUAGCAAUCAAGACUUAGUAAAGAGCUUCGUUAAAGCAAAAUAGACUAAGUCUUAAAUUUAAGCAUACCUCUUGAAGUCCAAUCAUAAAUUUCCUUUACAAAUUUAAAAGAUGUAAACAGUAGUUGCUUUAUGAAGCCAAAUGAAAAACAGCAGGAAGUAAUGAUUAAAAAAAUUAAAAUUAAUUAAUUCUUCAAAAAUCGCCCUAAUUCUGCUCAGGCUGAUGCUGAGAAAGAUGGAUGGAAGAAUAGAGAAAAUGUUAAUAAGAUUAAGAUGACUAAUAGUAGAAGUAGUAGUAGCAAUAUAAAAAAUAGAAAUAAGUAUUGUAUUAGUCCAAAUAGGACAGAAAGAGUUUUAAAAUAAACACAGCAGUAGGUUGAAUAACAUAAUAAUUUUGUUAAUUAAUAGAUUUAAAAUGAGAAAUAAAAAUCAGAGUAGAGAAAAAUAGCUAAGCUCUUAAAAAGAUAAGCUUCUCUAGAGUAAAAAAAUGAUCAGCAAGAGUAAAUAAAUUAAGAUGAUUAGUAAUAAGUAUAAUAAAACAAUGAAGAACUAAUUAGUAAAGAACGAUAAGAAAACAAAUAAGAAGAAUCAAUGCAUAAUAUUUAAGAAGAUACUCAACAAUAAAAUCCAAGUGUUCCUUAAAUGGAAUCAGAAAAAAGCAUCUCUAGUACUGUAAUAAAAACAAAAUACAAGCUCAAAUUGAAUCCUAAAAUAAGACCAAUGAGUCCACAAGAAAAAAGUCACUAUUAGAAUAUAAAGUUCUUAAAUACAGUGAAUAGGCCUAGUUCUGCGGAUCAAGAUGACAGUUUGCAUACAAUAAAAAGGAUUUAUACCUAAUCAAAAAAAAAUUAAAUAUAACCUGAUUUGACUAAGCAAGCAGUUACAACUCAUGACUAGGCUGCUUAAUAAAAGUUUAGAGAAAUAUAUAAAAAAAUAGACAAGUCAAAAGAACAAAUAUCUUAUUAAAGUGAAGUGGAGACUGCUCUACACUCAUUAUUGUUUAAAAUAGAUGAAAAAAAUAGAUUGCCAAUGAAAUAUGGGAUAGCUCAACAAAGAAAAAAUAGCAAAAAAAUUGAUAUAAGCUACUACAAUAUUGGAGAUUAAUCAGUAGAUAUUUUUUGUGCAGGAUUAAGUAAACUAGAAAAUUUAGAUACUUUGAAUUUAAAACAUAAUGGUUUCACUGAAAAAGGAAUUUAGUAAGUAAUUAAUUGUAUGGAAAUAGAUGUUAAAGAGUUAGAUUUGUCAAAUAAUCAAGUGACAGAAGAAAAUAUAAAUUCAAUUUUGUAGAAAUUUGUUGUUGAUUAGUACAACUUAUAGGUUUUAAAAUUAGAAAAAACUGGUUUAGGAGAUUAGGGUGUGGAUAUUUUAUGCACAGGUCUGCAAUAUAUCAAAAGCUUAAGGAUACUUAACUUAUCUUAAAACUGCAUAACAAACAAAAGCUGUUAUAGUAUUGAGGACAUGAUACAUAAUUUAUUUAAUUUUAGAGAACUCUACUUAUAUUGGAAUAAGAUACAAGGAGAAGGAGGUGCCCUAAUAAUUGAUGCUUGUAGAGAAAAUGGAAGAAUGAAAGUGUUAGAUUUAUCACAUAAUUAAAUAGGCUUAUCAUCUAAUUAUGAUCUUUUUAAUAAUGCGUUUAGGAAAAUUUGUGAGGCAAAUAACGAAACUUCAAUUUGCCAUUUGGAUUUAAGCUAUAAUUAAUUUAGAAUUUAAGACUGCCUUUUUUUAUCUAAGGUUAUUAAAAAGAAUACUUCUAUAAUAGGCUUUCAUUUUGCUGGACAUGACUGCUUUAUCACAUAUUAAGGAUUUAUAAAUCAAUGUUAUGCUAAAGAUUUAUUCGAUGCAAAUAAUGUGCCUGAUUUAUCCAAAAGAAUCGAUGGAGUUAAGUUCAAAGGAUAUGGAGAACACAGAUUAAUGAAAGAGUUUCAAGAAGAAUUACCUAUCAGGGCUGGAGAUAACUGUUGGAUAUGCGAAGGUUGGUAUGAACACACUUUUGAAUGGACUGUUAAUUCAGGAGAUCUGGAGAAUAUUGAAACUAUUUACUUGCAUUUAGAAAUUGAUGGCUAUACAGCUCUAAGAAUGAAUGAUGAGAGUAGUAACUACGGAUAUUUCUAUCUAGUUAGGAUGGUACCUCCUAAAUGCUAGAUUAGAUAUUUCUUUUCUUUAGAUGGAAUGACUAAUAUAAAAAUUGCUAAAGAUUAACCAAUGAGAUUUGAGGAAAAAGGGAUUAUAGUAAAUUUCACUUCAAAGGAGAUAGAUCAUAGCAAAAAGUCUUUCAUUUUAGAAGAUAUAAUUAACAGCUAAAGAGAUUGGGAACAACGGAAAGAGAAAAUUUAAAUAUAAUUAGAUGCCUCUUCUAAAGGAAACUUUAACAGGAAGAAACUAGACGACCUUUCUUAGUUUUAAAAAGAGGAAGAAAAAGCUAUAAAGAAAGAAAUGGAUAACGUUUAAUAUAAGUUACUUGGAAAUUUGAUUAUUUUCGAUAAGCCUAUCAAAAAAUAAAAAAAAUUAGAAAUUAAAACUUUUAAUAUCAUCUAAACUAAAAAAUAUUUUAAUAUUUUCUCGCUAAAAGCCACCGAAAAAGCGCCUUAGUCUCCAACAAAAAAUAAAAAUUUGAACACGAGUGUUCAAAAAAGUACAAAUCUUAAUAUAAGCGUAGCUAAUGUUACCAAUUAAGCAGAUUUGAUUUAUAUUCCUUAAAUCAAACUUCGUCCCAGGAUGUAACUUUAAGGAAGAGAAUAAUUAUAAUUAGCAGCUUAAAUGUGGGACUUUUAGUAAUCUCUCUUUAAAGAUUUCAAACUAGAAGACGAAAGCUUGAUGAAAAAGUGCUUUGAAUUUGAUUGGGAGUGCUCAAAGAUUAACUAAUUUAUAAGAGACGAAAACGAUUUGUAGCUCGUAAAAGAAGAGCUUAGAGGUAUUUAUGUUCAUAUAAAAAAUGCUUACAGAUAUCUUGCAGCUGUAGGAACAAUAAUUGAUGUACCAUGCAUUAUGAUGAAUACAUUUACAGAUUUUAUCAACAAAACAAAUAUUAUUGAUAAUUUAAACUUAAAAUUAUCAGAUGUAGAUCUAAAAUUCGUUGUAACAAAAACAAGUAGUAAAAUUAAGAGAAACCCUAGAAAUCCAGAAAAGGGCUUAAUUAGAUAUUAAUUUAUGGAAAUGAUUGUAAGACUAGCAGAAGAUAAAUAUAUUAGACAUAAAAUUACAAAUAAAUAUUCAUAAGCUUUGUCUUUGCUGCUAAAUGAAGGAUAUUUAAACGCCCUGAGGAGGUAUCAAACAAGUUAAGCUUGGCGCUAAUCUAAUUUGUGGAAUGAAAGAUGCGAUUUUUGUUUUAAAUAUUAUAAUCCAAUCAUUAAAAACGUGUUUAAUAAAUACAGUGAUCCCUUGAAAAAGAGACAAUUUAUGGCUUUCAAAUAUAUGACCAUGGAAGAAUUCAGGUCUAUGUGCAGUGAUGCUGAUUUAAUUGGAAACAGAUUUACUGAAAGAGAUGUAAAUGCAAUUUUUAACUUGAGCAUGAUGACUUAAAUUGAUGAGAUUAAGUAUGAUAGACAUUACUAAAUGGGUAUCACAGAGUUACUUGAAGCUUUAUCCCGUUUAGCAGAUAGGUUGUUUUAUGAAAAAUUGGAUUCAUUUAUUAAAGAAUGGAAGGAAAAAUAGCAGAGAGGCUAGUAGCUAAAGCAAUAAUAAAUGUUAUAAUCAUAAGCUUAAUAGAAGCAAGAAGAAAAAGCCUCUAAAAAGAAGGUCAAAAGAAAAGAUUCAUCAGUUAUUUUUUCUGAUAGUGACUUCGAUCUUGAUGAAGGAAGUAGAAUGGAAUUCGAAAACACAAGAGGUUUAUUCUAAGGAGUUUAACUCCACCAUAAAAUAGAGUCAUUGCUAUUUGUUUUGUACUCAUAAUGUGUUACAGAUGAUUUCAAAGAGCAAUUUUCAUUUCCUACUACUACCAUAUUUGUUGAAUCUUAAAAGCACAAAAAUGGAAGGACUCAUUGAAAAUACUCUAAUCAAC